AUGCCGCGUGUCGCAAACAAAAUACAUCGUCGUUCUAACGGCAACUCGACCCCGCACAAAAACUCUCCGGUCAAGAUUCCCCUCAACGACGAUGAGGGCGAGAAGGCAGCGCGCAUGGAGGCUCGUCAGGCGAUUCAUGAUCGCCAAAUGAGUCAGAUUAAAGCCGCAGUCAAGACGCCUAUGCCACCCCGUCGAUACACCUUAGACCGCGAAGGGAGCGAAAGUCCCACAACUCCUCGACCCUCGGGUCAUCGCGGCCGCACUAGCGAUGUCAAUGGCCGCGCAGUGACGCCGAUGAAGCGCGUGCCUAUCCUGGCCAAUUUUGAAGAGUGGAUGAAGAUGGCGACCGAUAACAAAAUCAAUGCGAAUAACUCCUGGAACUUUGCGCUGAUCGACUACUUUCACGACAUGUCAUUGCUGAAGGAAGGAGAUGGUGUAAACUUCCAAAAGGCCAGUUGCACUCUUGACGGUUGUGUUAAGAUCUACACCAGCCGAGUGGACAGUGUCGCAACAGAGACAGGGAAACUUCUGAGUGGACUGGCUGAUAGCCGCGAUAAGAGAGGGCGCGGGGAGGAGGCAGAAGAUGGCGAUGAGGAUGAGGAAGGCGAGGAUGGCCAACCUCGCAAGUCUCGAAAAAAGACACGUUCCCAUGAGGCUACCCUCGCGCCGUCAUUCUCGUCGUUGCAACUGAAGAAGUUCGAGCUAGAGUUCGCCGUGGACCCGCUAUUCAAGAAAGCAUCGGCAGACUUUGAUGAAGGAGGCGCCAAGGGCUUGCUUCUGAACCACCUUGCUAUUGAUAGCCAUGGAAGAAUUGUGUUCGACAGCAGCGACGAUGCUGUGGACGAUAGUGCCAAAACCGCCGAAGAUGACCGUGAAGAGUCUACGAAUCCAGAACAGCAGACCGAGGACCAAACGAAACCAACCCAGAAACCCGCAAGCGACACCUUUGAAGAUAAUACAGAGAUCGAUCUUGCCACACUAGCGAGCCAGUUUUUCCCGGAUUUGGAUCGUCUCGAUGAACAAGAUAUUUGUCCAUCGCUCAAAAACCUCGACUUGGGUGAUCCCAGCGGGUCGCUAGAUCUCCCUCUCCUCAAAGCACCAGAGGAAUGGCGGCAAGACAAGAUGGACGAAGACGGACGAGCACCUGACGACCCAUCUGGUAUCAUGCUCGACGACGACAACGCUGUCGGGUUUGAUGACGAUGAUGCUACCCUAGCCGGAUUUGAUCUCAGCGGCGACACUGGAUUUGGUGACGGAGGAGAGGUAUGGGCUCGGGAAGCCGCCUUAGAACCAAUGUUGAAUGUUCACCGGGUCGCCCACGAUGGAGAUAAUGAUGGUGAGGGCGAUGAUGGCGAUGAAGACGCAUAUGCCAUCUCUAUGUCUCAUCAAACUAAUAGUCACGACCACGAAAACAUUCUGAGCUACUUUGACAACGCGCUACAGAAGAACUGGGCUGGCCCAGAACACUGGAAGAUUCGAAGAAUCAAAGAGCAUGCAACACCCGCUACGUCGGCGCCCAAGCCGCGCAAAGAGAAAGAGCCUUUUGAGAUUAAUUUUGCUGCCCCUCUGGAUCCUGCUGUCGCAGAAUUGAUCUACACCCCGGCCAGCUCCAACUCGGCCGUCUCAUUACCCAAGACGCAGUGGAAGACAAAGGGCCGCAACCUUCUUCCUGACGAUAAGCACUUCAACUCUCGCAACCUACUCACAUUGUUCCUCAAGCCAAAGGCAAAGAUGGGCUCAAAGAAGAUUUUGGGCAAACGCCGUCGGCAGGAUUUGACGGCUGGUAAUGGAGACAUGGAUGAGGCGUUCUGGGCAAAUCGCAAGCCGGAAGAAAACGCCGGCGAGGAAGGUGCUGCUGGUGCCUAUGAUGCCAACUUCUUUGCUGAUGACGAUGGUCUUGCUUUCCCGAACGGCAUGGAUCUUGAUGACGACGACAAUCUGCCAUUCGCAGAUGCCCGGGAGAUGCUUUCUCCACCAGCAGGCGGGCCUCAAGGCACAUCAGCUGGAGAAGCAGGUGGAGCAACUGGACUCAGCGCGCUAUUGAACAUGGUUGGCGCCACGCCUGGCCGACCGGGAGCUGGCGGUUACGGAUCACAAUUAGUGACACAAGGUGGUCGUCGUGCACGACCAGACUACGUGGCAUAUGCACGUGUCGCAAAGAAGGUUGACGUUCGGCGCCUCAAAACAGAGAUGUGGAAGGGCAUGGGCGAGCGCCUGGUCGAUGCCGUGGACUUCGCCUCAGCUUCACAGCCAGGGGCCGUUUCCAGUGAGGCUCCGACCGAACCCGAGAGUGAAUCGGAUGCCCCUGUCCCGCCCACACCCAAGGCCGAGAGCCCAGAGCAACCUGUCGGUGGCAAGGAUGCUGGCCGGCUACGGUUCACGCAAAUCAUGAACUCCCUCAAGGCAGUCUACCCGGCUGAGACCCUACGCGAUAUCAGCACCUCAUUCGGAUUUAUUUGUCUUCUGCAUCUUGCCAACGAACAGGGUCUCGUGCUCGAGAGUGAUCUAAGCAAAAUGGGCGCUGAUGCGGCUACCCUGGAAGAGAUCUUCGUAACUAGGGAUACUCACGCCAUCAUCGAAGAGGGAGGAGGAAUGUGA